AUGACCUCCCCGGCCGACAAACGUACCAUUCUGGUGGUGGACGACGAACCCCAUAUUGUGAGCUUUACGUCCAUGAAUCUCGAAGUCGAGGGAUUCAACGUCGCCACCGCAAGGAACGGCGAAGAAGCCCUCGACGUGCUGCACGGCGACGACCCGGUGGACCUGAUCGUGUUGGACGUCAUGAUGCCGAAACUCGACGGGUUCGAGACGCUGCGGCGAAUCAGAUCCGAAUCCUCGGUUCCGGUAAUUUUCGUUACUGUCCGUGGUGACGAAAGUGAUCGGGUUGCCGGGCUGGACCUGGGCGCGGACGAUUACCUGACCAAGCCAUUCAGCCCUCGCGAACUCGUUUCACGCAUCCGCGCGCUGUUCCGGCGGAUCGAAGCUGCCGAACCACCGCGCCUGCAGGAAGUGGUGGUGGACGACUGGCUCACCAUUAACUUCGACCAGAGUCAGGUGGUGGCCAACGGUACGCCCAUGCACCUGCGGCCCACCGAAUACAGACUGCUGUACCAAUUGGUAAACAACGCCGGCCAGCUGCUGAGUCACGACACUUUAUUGGAGCGCGUUUGGGGUCCCGAGUAUCGCGGAGAGCAUCAGUACGUUCGGACGUACGUAACUUACUUGCGGCAAAAAUUGGAGAAAGACCACCGGAACCCGGAAUACAUCCUGAGCGAGCGGGGCCUGGGAUACCGGUUUAAGGAUUUGAACCCCUAG